AUGGCUCAAGGAGCAAAUCCACCAACUCCACCAACUCCACCAGCUGGACCCACACCACUAUCUGGGGCGACAGCACCAACAAGUGGCGUGCUCUUCAGCCCAACAACUCCAACUCUUGGGAACAAGGUCCGCACCAGCUCCAGCACCGAAACCGCUUGGACUGGAGGGAAAUCCAAUCCGGCCCGUACUGGCCUUGAUCCUUCAGCUUCCAAUACCAUGGAACAUCCGGGACAAUUGCGUCCCACAGGCUAUGAAGCAAUGAAAAGCGCCACCUACCGCAGAACGUCGGACCUCGUUUCGAUCACCAAGAAGACGAAGAUGACUAGAUUCAAGAAGGAACUUUGGCAAACUGCAGAUCUCCGUUGUGACAAGCUCCGAUAUGUUCACGAAAGAGGAAGCUGA